AUGACCGCCCCCGAGCGCCCUCCCAUUCAGCACAUCGAGGAGUCCUCCCUCCAAGACGUCGCCGGGCGCGUGGCCUACCUGAAAGCCUUCCUGCACUUCACCGACGACGACGGCGCGGCGCUGAACGCCGCCACCCCCAUACUCGCGCCCGCCAUCCCCGCGGUGCUCGACACCAUCUACACGAACCUGAUCUCAUUCGACGUGACAGCCAAGGCGUUCAUGCCGCGACAGCCCGAGCAGGACGAGCACGACCCGGCGGCGGCGACGCUCGAGCAGCUGUCGCUCACGCACCCCAACAUCCUGCACCGCAAGGACUUCCUCAAGCUGUACCUGGUCAAGCUGGUCAGCAACACCGACUGGUCGGCCGGCAGCAAGUUCUGGGAGUACCUCGACAAGGUCGGGCUGAUGCACACGGGCGAGCCGGGCUUCAAGCACCGCGCGCGCCGCCCGCAGCUGCGCGUCGAGCUGAUGCACUGCAGCGCGCUGCUGGGCUUUGUCGAGGAUAUCGUCGUGACCGCCGUGCUGGGCGCCGAGGAGAUCGAUCUGCCCACCAAGACCAAGGUGAUCCGCGCGUUUAAUAAGUUGCUCUGGAUCCAGAAUGAUCUGUUCCUCAAGCAUUAUACGCCCGAGCCGUGGAGCGCGCAGAAAGAGGCUGCGGAGUAA